GCAAGUGCAACAUGAGCGACCCUUUAAUCACCCUGAGUAAACCCCGCAAGGCCCGUAUGCCAACCGGCGGGAUCUUACCGGGAAUGUCGCAUACAGAAGGAGGAAUAUCGCCGAGAAGGCAGACAGAGGAAAAUAACGUAGCACCAAGCAAGCAUUUAAGGCCACUUAAUAUUCACGCAAGAAAACCACACGAAAUCGGGAAGAGGGCAGCACCGUUUAAAAUCCACGAAGGUUGCACAGAAGAAGAGCUGCUCUUGAUCGAUGGUCUCCCCUCUCAUCCCAUGGGAUCUUCAGAAAAGAUAGCCCCCUCACUUCUAAGCAAGAUUGUCCAAGGGACAGGCCCUAGUGACUUUGACCUGCUGAGCACCACCAUGAGACGUAUUGGUGAGCUUGAGAGGAAAGUUCAGUUGCAGGAGAGAGAAAUUCAGCAUAAGGAUCAGGAGAUUGCUGUUCUUACAGAGAAGAUCAAGAAACUUCAGAAACACAAGACAGAACCUUCUAAUUUAGGAAAUCAAACAAAGGACCUUGAGAAAAAAUGUGAAGAACUGCAACAAAGAGUGAAGGAAAUGGAGCGUUUCCUUGGUGAUUAUGGCCUUAUCUGGGUUGGGGAGAAUAAUGUAUCCAAAGCCCCAGAGUUGGACCACAGGAUCCAUGACCCAGACUUCACUUCUAGUGCCUCUUUUAAGCCAGAUUUUGAUGUAAUUCUGGAGAAUCUUCGUGAUCUUAAUGUGCUUGGAGGGGAGGGGGAAUCUCAAAUUGUGUACCGAGAUGGGGGGGCACGUCUCAAAAACCCUGAAGCUAUACCACUUACACUAUACAGAAAUGGGAUCAUCAUGUUCCGGGGGCCUUUUCGAUCCUACCACGAUCCAUCCACACAGCAAUGUCUGAAGGACAUCAUGGAUGGAUUUUUCCCAUCAGAGCUGCAAAGUCACUUUCCUGAUGGAGUAACCUUCCAGGUCACUGACAAACGUGACAUGGUUUUUAGGGAACGGCAACCAUGGAAUGAAUUUCCAGGUCAUGGUCAAACUGUUGGGAGCAGUGAGGAGAAACUGCUGGAGACCACAGAUGUAGCAGGUCCACAGCUGACUGUGGAGCAAUUCUUGAACAAACUACCAAAGACUGUGGUGCGUGGAGGUCAGGUUUUGGAUAUACGCAAACCAAUCAGAGAUGUUUUGCAGGGGUCUGGAAAAGAUGAAAAACCACAAGAGAUUUUGGUGGAAUCCCCCAAAUUGUUCUCAACAGAAGAAAGGUCCCAGCAACAUGUAGCCAUUACCACUCUACGUAUCAAGUCUGAAAGUGGAAAUGAUACCUAUAAGGUUCGAAUGCUACCCACAGAGACUAUAGGGGAUCUGCGCAUCUUUUUGGCACAGUAUAGGUCUACUGCGCUCUCCUCAUAUGAUAUAGUUGGUCGGUUUCCUCACCGUGUCUAUGAUGAAGAUACCUGCACACUGCAGGAACUUGGACUCAUUCCCAAUGCCUCCUUGCUUCUACGGACAAAAACUGCAGAGAAAGUAAAGACGGAACAAAGGGAAGGACCCCAAGAUAACUAAGGCCAACUAUAAGGGACAGACUUUUGCAGAGCCAUAAGAAGAUUUGUGGAGUCAUUGAGAGACUUCAGUUUUGUAUACAAUUUUGUACAUUUGCUAUAAAAGAUGCAGAUUGAAUCCACCUACUUUAGCAUUAGAACACAAUAUUCUUUUUAGACAGUAAACUUUUUACCAGAGA